AUGCAAGGACUUGAGUACAUCUCUGAAGAGGCAGUUAAAACUUCACUAUCAGAACUAGUGGAUACAAAAGCUGUGCUCACUUGCCGUCCUGUGCUGUGGCUAAGUGUGUUGGUAACAUGGGAAAUAGUCCUCAGAGACAAGCCGCCCUGCUUCAGAGCCUACAGACGUGAUACAAAUCAGACCAUAGGAGGAAACUGUACUGACAAAAGAAUAACCUGGGCCUCCAGACCUGACGAGAAUCCUGCCCUUCAGAUCGAUCCAGUGGCCAUCACUCAUGAUGGGAAUUACACGUGUCAAAUGGCAACAAGUGAUGGGAAUUUCCAUCAUGAGUAUCACCUCCAAGUGUUAGUGCCCCCUGAAGUGACCCUUGUUCAAACUGAGAAGGGAACUGCAGUGUGCAAGGCUGCUGUAGGGAAGCCGGCUGCACAGAUCUUCUGGACCCCAGAGGGGGAUUGUGCCACUGAGCAAGAGCCUUACUGGGGCAAUGGCACAGUGACCGUCCAGAGUACUUGCCGCUGGGAGGACCGCCAUGUGCUGAACGUGUCCUGCUCUGUCUCCCACUUGACUGGCAACAAGAGUCUGUCCAUAGAGCUGAAUAAAGCUUCACCUCUGCCUGUGUUAUCUAUGUUUAAAGGUGUCAGAACCCUGGGAUUUCCAGGAUCAGACUUACUGAUCAUUCUCUGUGUGAAAUCCUCUCUUUUGUUGGUUAUCCUGGUCUUCGUGGGAUUCAUCCACUUCCAGAGAACAAAUGAUUGCAGUGUGUGCCCAGUGGGAGUCCCACAGUGUGUGCCCAGUGAGAGUCCCAUAGAUGUCCCACCGUGUGCGCCCAGUGAGAGUCCCACAGAUGUCCCACAGCAUGUGACCAGUGAGACUCCCACAGAUGUCCCACCAUGUGUGCCCAGUGAGAGUCCCACAGAUGUCCCACAGCAUGUGCCCAGUGGAGUUCCACCAUGUGUGCCUAGCGAGAGUCCCAUAGAUGUCCCACCAUGUGUGUCCAGUGGGAGUACCACAGUGUGUGCCCAGGGAGACUCCCAGAGAUGUCCCACACUGUGA